AUGGAAUGUAAGGUUUUCAGAGCGGUCAAUCAAAAUGCUCCUGCAAAUAAUAAAAUGACUUCCUCGAAGAUUCAGAAGGAGUUAGCAAAUGCUUGUGCAGCAGAGAUUACAUGUGCUAUUGUUGAUGAUAUUGGAGAUAAGUAUUUUUCUCUUAUGAUUGAUGAAGCUCGGGAUGUGUCAGUGAAGGAGCAAAUGGGAGUUGUUCUGCAAUAUGUAAAUAAUAAUGGGUAUGUGAUAGAGUUGUUUCUUGCUAUGGUUCAUGUGCCGGAUUCAUCAGCUAUUUCAUUGAAGAAUGCCAUUGAUUGUCUAUUUGCCAAACAUGGGUUAUCUCUUUCAAGACUGAGGAGACAAGGAUAUGAUGAGGCUUCAAAUAUGCGAGGAGAAUUUAAUGGUUUGAAGGCACUUGUCCUAAAAGAAAAUCCAUAUGCAAGGUACAUCUAUUGUUUUGCUCAUCAACUCCAAUUAGUGAUUGUUGCUGUUGCUAAAGACAAUCGAAUUAUGAGUGAUUUUUUUUCCAAUAUGUUACUAUGA